CGACGAACCUCGACUGUCUCUCCUUCCAACACUACCAAACAAUCCGCCACCACUUUCCUUUUCCUUCUCACCCUCCUACGAAAUUCGAGCCCGCUAUGUCGAUGGACACGGGUCUCAUCACCCUCGUCAACAAGCUCCAAGACGCCUUCACAAAUGUCGGCGUGCAGCAGAAUGUCGACUUGCCUCAAAUCACCGUCCUGGGCAGCCAGUCCUCUGGCAAGUCAUCCGUACUAGAGAACAUCGUUGGGCGUGACUUCCUACCUCGAGGUACAGGUAUCGUCACUCGUCGUCCUUUGGUACUGCAGCUCAUCAACAGGCCCGCGGCUGACUCUAAAGCUGGCGUCCAGAAUGGCGAUACGCCAACCCCGGGUGCUGAUGGGAACAAGAAGAACCCAUACGAGUGGGGAGAAUUCUUGCAUCUACCGGGAGAGAAGUUUCAUGACUUUCAGAAGAUUAGAGAGGAGAUUGUGCGCGAUACGGAGCUCAAGACGGGCAAGAACGCAGGCAUCUCUCCUCAACCGAUUAACCUGCGCAUCUAUUCGCCCAACGUCCUGACCCUGACCCUCGUCGACUUGCCCGGAUUGACAAAGGUGCCCGUCGGCGACCAACCGCGUGACAUUGAGCGUCAGAUCCGCGACAUGGUUUUGAAGUACAUCUCAAAGCCAAACGCAGUCAUCCUCGCCGUCACUGCAGCCAACACUGACUUGGCUAACUCGGAUGGGCUGAAGCUGGCGCGAGAGGUCGACCCGGAUGGAACGCGUACGGUGGGCGUUUUGACCAAGGUGGAUCUGAUGGACCAGGGAACAGACGUGGUUGACAUCCUGGCUGGGAGGGUCAUCCCGCUUCGAUUGGGCUAUGUGCCCGUCGUGAACCGUGGACAGAGGGACAUUGACCAGAGAAAGGAGGUCAGCGCUGCGCUCGAGGCGGAGAAGCAGUUUUUCGAGGGGCAUCCGAGCUACCGUAGCAAGGCCAACUAUUGUGGCACACCGUUCCUCGCUCGCAAGCUCAACACGAUUCUCAUGCACCACAUCCGCAACACCCUACCCGACAUCAAGAGCAAGAUUGCCUCGCAACUAGCCAAAUAUCAGGCAGAGCUGCAGUCACUUGGUGGCCCGCUGGGCGACGCCAACUCUGGCAACAUCGUUCUCUCAAUCAUCACCGAGUUCUGCAACGAGUUCCGCACCGUCAUCGACGGCAACUCCAACGACCUCUCGGUCAAUGAGCUGGCCGGGGGUGCUCGCAUCUCGUUUGUCUUCCACGAGCUCUUCGCCAACGGCGUCAAGGCCAUCGACCCCUUCGACUCAGUCAAGGAUGCCGACAUUCGCACCAUCCUGUACAACUCGAGCGGUUCCUCCCCUGCCCUCUUCGUAGGCACGACGGCCUUCGAGGUCAUCGUCAAGCAGCAGAUCAAGCGCCUCGAAGACCCCUCGCUCAAAUGCGUAGGCCUAGUCUACGACGAGCUGGUGCGCAUCCUCUCGCAGCUCCUUGCCAAGAAUCAAUCAUUCCGCCGCUUCCCUGCACUUAGGGAGCGCUUCAAUACAGUCGUCAUUCACUUCUUCAAGCGCUGCCUCGCCCCCACCACGAAGCUGGUAACGGACAUUGUCAACUCGGAAGCCUGCUACCUAAACACAGGACACCCAGACUUCAUCUCGGGGCAUCGCGCGAUGGCCAUUGUGAACGAGCGCCUCCACCCUCCCGAGAAGCCGCCUACUGAGCAGAGGCGCAAGGACCUCGCCAUCAACAACGAGAAGGACCUGGACGUCAAUGUCAAGAACGAGCAGGGCUUCUUUGGCUCCUUCUUCGGAGGAACAAAGCAACAGCAACAGAACCGCGCUCGCCAGGCUUUGAUGGAGAGUCCGCCUCCGCAGCUGCGCGCCUCUGGCCAGCUGACGGACAGGGAGACGAUGGAGGUCGAGGUGAUCAAGCUGCUCAUCACGUCGUACUUCAACAUCACCAAGCGCACCAUCAUCGACAUGAUCCCCAAGGCGACGAUGUUGCACCUGGUGAGCGAGGCGAAGAAUGCGCUUCAGAGGGAGCUGCUACAGGAGCUGUACGCCAGGCAGGAGACGAUGAACGAGGUCAUGAAGGAGAGUGACCAUGUUGUCACGAGGAGGAAGGAGUGCGUCAAGAUGAUUGCAGCCUUGGAGAAGGCGUCGGAGAUUAUCGCUACCGUCUAGAGUAUGGGCGAGGGAGGGAAGGCUGCAAGACGAAGGCGGCGGCGGCGGCGGCGGCGGCUGCGUAGAUGGGGGCAGAGAGACGGAAGGCAGAGAUCGACGACCCAACGGAGGACGCGGAAGGGAUGUCUGUCUCUCUUUACACGAUCGG